AGGAUGGUAAAAAAAUUGAACUCUUAUAAUUCAAGAGUGAAUAUUGUCUAUUGGUUUAAAUUUUCUUGUUUGUCGAUAGUUUGUCUAUUCGCAUUUUUCUUGUUUGUCGGUAGUUUGUCGGUUGUUUGUAGUAAUGAUAUGUGAUACUGUAUAUUGGUUUAAAUUUUUCUUUUGCGCAUAAAUAUCCAUGAGUAUAGGGAUGGAAGAAUCAGAGGAAAAUAGUAGAGUCAGAUGGAACAAUACUGAAGUAGAUAAAUGUUUUCUCGAAGCGUGUAUCCAAGAAGUUGCACUAAAUGGCAGGGAAGGAGGAAGCCUUAAGGCUGAAUCUUGGACCAAGAUUAUGGAUACUCUCAAGAAAAAUUAUAAUUUUGUGGUUUCUCAAAGACAAAUGAAGAAUAGAUACGACUACUUAAAACAAAAGUAUCAAGCUUGGUUACCGUUAACUAUGAAAACAGGCAAUAUUUACAAUCAUGCCACCAACACCAUCAACAUGACAAAGGAUGAGUGGACAGAGUAUAUAAAGGCUCAUCCUAAGGCAAGGAGUUUAAGACUUGCCCCCUUACCGUAUCCUGACCUUUGUAGAGCACUAUUUGAUGGAACCACUGCUACAGGGAUUCAUUCUUGGGGACCUAGUUCCCAAGAUCCAAAUCCUGGUACUAGCUCAUUUUCUUCAACUGUUCGAAAUGCAGAACAACAUGACAUAGAAGAUAUUUUGUUUGGUGAUGAAGAUGAAAAUUUUGUCCCUACCACAGACACUCAGAGUAAUGAUUCCAACCAUCAGUCACGAGGAGAAAAACCUAAAAAGAAAAAGAAAAAGAUCCAACCUUCAUCUAGUGAUAAUAAUUUAGUAGAAGAGAUGUCAGCUGCUUUGAAGUUUAUGAUAAAAAAUAAUAGUGGACCGUCAGUUACAGAUUGCAUUGCUAAAUUGGAUGAACUUGGAUGGGAUAAAGAAGACAUCUUUUAUGUCUCUGCUGUUGUGAUAUUUGGUAGUUGUGCGGGACAUAGAGAAGCUUGGAUGGUGUUUCCUAAGGAUAAUGUGGGUGUUCUGAAAGCAUGGAUUAAAAGAAUUGGACAAAACAUGGGAUUUGAAUUUUAACUUGCAAGGACUUAUGUAGAUUAAUUUGAAGACUUCAGUAGUAUUUAUUUUUAAUGAAUUUGUUUUAAUUUCCGUACAAUAGUUAUGAACUUUGCA